GAGGGCCGCGCAUGCGGGCCGGGCCCCGCCUCAGCGCUCAUGGCGGCGGGCGGCAGGCGGCUGCGCUGGGCCGUGCGGGGCCGCUGAGCCGCUGCGCGGCCCGGCCGGAGCGCAGCAUGGUGCGGGGUAGCGGGGCGGCGCUGCGGAGGUAUGGCACCUUUAUUGACGAUUUGCGGCUCUACGUGAGAGGAGGAACUGGUGGCAUGGGCUACCCUCGUCUAGGCGGGGAAGGAGGGAGAGGCGGCGAUGUCUAUUUCGUUGCCCAAGAAAGAACAACCUUAAAGAGCGUUAAGAACCGGUAUCCCCAGAAGCGAAUUGUAGCUGGAACAGGAGCCAACAGCAGUGUUAGAGCGCUGAAAGGUGAAAAAGGGAAAGAUUGUGAAGUUCAUGUGCCACCAGGGAUUUCAAUUCUCGAUGAUGAUGGGAAGCAGAUUGGAGAAGUUAAUGCAGCAGGAGAGAGAUUCUUAGCGGCUCGUGGAGGUCUCGGAGGCUCUUUGGCCACAAAUUUCUUGCCUUGCAAAGGUCAGAAGCGAAUUCUUCAUCUUGGUUUGAAACUUAUAGCUGAUGUUGGCUUGGUUGGGUUUCCAAAUGCAGGAAAAUCAUCCUUGCUAAGCAAGAUUUCUCACGCCAAACCUGAGAUUGCAAAUUAUGCAUUUACAACAAUACAGCCUGAACUAGGAAAGAUCAUGUAUGCAGAUUAUAAACAGAUACUGGUAGCUGAUCUGCCUGGACUGAUUGAAGGUGCACAUGCAAAUAAAGGGAUGGGGCACAAAUUUCUCAAACACAUAGAAAGAACCAAACAUCUUCUCUUAGUUGUGGAUAUUUCUGGGUUUCAACUGUCUACCAAGACUCCAUUCAGAACAGCCUUUGAAACCAUAUUGCUUCUAACAAAGGAACUGGAGCAGUACAAAGAGGAACUUCUGACAAAGCCUGCACUUCUGGUCAUUAAUAAAAUGGAUUUGCCUUGUGCAAAAGAUAACUUGAAUGAGCUUAUGAAACAACUACAGAAUCCUCAAGACGCCUUGCGCUUACUACAGGAAGAGGUGAUUCCUGAGAAUACACUCAAAUUCAGAGAUAUAAUCCCUAUAUCUACAUAUACUGGAGAAGGAAUCGAGGAACUAAAAGCAUGUGUAAGAAAAUCACUAGAUGAGGAAGCAGAGCAGGAGAACGAAGAAUAUCGGAAAAAGAAACUAUUGCUUUUACAAACUGCAGGAGAACAAACGCGCAGAGGCUAGCAUUCUUGGCUAGACCCAAUGCAUUUUAAUAUAUUUUUGUAUGUACAUGAGCCCAUUGCUAUGCAGACCCUUUUAUUUUGUUCCUCCUACCAUCACUGCCCAGUUCUCUGCUCUCCUCCGUUACCUUAAUUCCUUUUGGCGCUUGGGUAAAGCAGAAUGCAGGAAGAGAACAGUUUUUCAGAAUUGUGUUGGCUACUGACUCAACAAAGUAGAGAACAAAGUACGUGCAUCUCAAAGCAUUGCUUAACAGCUGAUGAACCCUGAAAUAUUGUUAGCUAAAGGAGGUGGAAAGAAGAACUUAAAGCCAUCGGAGUUAGAAAAGGAGUAACUUGAAGCACUUGAGUCUUUUGCUGUGGAUGUCAGAAGUACCCAGGGGAUGGGGUACUGCUGGAGAAAUUUUGCAGGGUCCAGUGCUUCACAGGUGAACGAGUUGUGCUACUUGGAUGGAUAUCAGAUGGUGGGGUUUUGUUGAUGUUAUUUGUAAAGUUCUAAAGGAAAACAGAAAUAAACGGUCAUAAGGAAGUGACUUGUAGAAGCAUGAAAAAGCAA